AAGUUUAUUAUUUUGGUACAUUUUUCCAUUUGAAUGGUGUGUCACGUGAUUUCUACAGCUAUGUCCACUGAGGAGCUCUUUGUUGCUGCAGCUCGUAAAUGUCUGUCCGCUGGCAGAAAAUCUCUUUCUGUCCCUCAGAGUCUGGACUUGGCUAUUCAGGUCUUGGCUGUUGAUUUGGGACUGAAACCAGCUUUGUUGUACGAUACCAACAGUGCCAGCGCAGACCAGGUGCAGCAGUACUUGAGCUCCUUACAGUCUUCCCAGCUUGUGUCUAAGUCACUUCUCACACUGGAUUUAAAUGGAAACUCUCUUAUUGUUAAUCCAGUUGCUGUCAGACCAAACGUAGAACAGCUGUUGCAUCGCAGCAACGUGGCCGUGAUUGAUGUCUGCCACUCACUGGACAGGCCCGCCAUCACUGACCCACUCAGAGGAGAGCUAAAGAGCACGACACGAGAUUUACUCCUCCUCCUGGGAGAGUUCGAACAACUGAAGGAAGCUGAGAAACCUCAUUAUGUAGGAGAGAAGUCAGAGCAAUGGAACAUGUGCACAGUGUUUGGCCUUUUACUGGGUUACCCCGUCACUUACUGGUUUGAUCAGACUAAGAGCUUUGAAAACUGUCUGUCUAUGACUCCCCUGGUGGUGACUACAGCUUCAGUGACAUGGCAGGCAGACUCCGCAAGUCACAAAUGCUGUCUGUACUCCUUCAGCGUCCCAGCUGUUCUGCUUCAAGAGAUUCAGCCCAACCUGGAAAACUGGAGACUUUGUUUACACAAAAGAUUUCAGGGGCAAAAUGUCCUUAAGGAUCUUGCGGUUUGUCAGUCCACAGUCACUCUGCCUUCUGUUUGUUUGUGAUGCGAGCCAUAAGUUUGUCUUUACAAUAAACUUAUCUUAUACAUGA